UCAUGGUCCGUUAGCGAGGUUCAAAUAAAAGCCUUGGUUCUCGGUGCCAGUACUGUGAUUAGUGAAAUUUCACUGGGGUCGCAUGCACUCAAUCUAACAUUGAACUGGCUUUGCAACGUUGCAACUUUUGAAAAUGUCCAUCGACGAACAAUAAUUUUUGCUUUCGAUGAUUACUCGUAUGGAAAAAUAAAAGAAUCUUGGCCAGAGUUGAAUGAUAAGCAAUUUCAUGUUGGAGAUGGUCGUUACCAAAUGUUUCAGUUGUUUCGGUCGAAUCUUUGUUCCUAUUUAGCAGCAAAUGGAAUCAGUUUUUGGAUGCUUCAAGCUGAUACAUAUUGGAGAGAAAAUCUUUUUGAUGUGAUUGGUAGUCUUCUCGCUGAUAUGAUUGCAGGAGGUAAUUUCUUCGUCAAAGCCGGCUAUAGGUCUACAGCUUUUUUUAAUGAACUCUCAAGACGUCUUCUAAAUUAUUAUUCAACUGAUAACAACAUUAUGGGUGCACUAUGUAGAACCAUUUUUAAAGGAUCGCGAUGCUCAUUUAUACCUUAUCAAAUAAUUAGUAAUUGGCGAUGGCAUACGAUGAAGGACAAGAAAUUACCGUCGUUAAUGCAAUUCGAUGGCGGUGCAACGGGUAUUUCAAAAUUUAAACGAAUGCAAGACCUAGGAGCUUAUUUUGUAAAAUCAGAAACUAUAGGACGGCACCAAACAGCCAAAUGUAAUGCGAAUAAAAUUAGGGAACCAAAAAAUGCAAUAUCAAUGAAGUAUUUCAUUUUGCACCAUUUUAUAAUAUUUAAAUAA